AUGACUAACGUCAGACUUCCUCUCCGCUGCGCCCUGGGGCCGCUUGUCCAUGAAGAGAUCGAACUUUGCAAGGAGGGGCUGGAUGCAGCUCGGCACCGGCGGCGGCUGGCCCUUGGCUGGUGCAGACAGGCGGAUGAAAGGCGCGGGCGGCCCGGCAGCGUUACCCCGUUUUCCGCGGCGCUGCCCCGGGCCUGCCCUUGCCCGAAGGCCCAGCUGCAAGAAUCGGGGGAUGAGGUCAGCGUCAAACUGAAAAAACUAAGUGAAGAUAGUUUAACCAAGCAGCCUGAAGAAGUCUUUGAUGUUCUGGAGAAACUUGGUGAAGGGUCUUAUGGUAGUGUGUUUAAAGCAAUACACAAAGAGUCUGGACAAGUUGUAGCAAUUAAACAAGUGCCCGUGGAGUCAGAUCUUCAAGAAAUAAUUAAAGAAAUCUCUAUAAUGCAACAAUGUGACAGUCCAUAUGUUGUCAAGUACUAUGGCAGCUAUUUUAAGAACACGGAUCUAUGGAUUGUUAUGGAAUAUUGUGGAGCUGGCUCUGUUUCAGACAUAAUUAGACUUCGUAAUAAAACGCUAACAGAAGAUGAAAUUGCGACUAUUCUGAAAUCUACUCUUAAAGGACUUGAAUACUUGCACUUUAUGAGAAAAAUACAUAGAGAUAUAAAGGCUGGAAACAUCCUUCUUAACACUGAGGGACAUGCAAAAUUAGCUGAUUUUGGUGUGGCUGGCCAGUUAACAGAUACAAUGGCAAAACGUAAUACUGUUAUAGGAACUCCGUUCUGGAUGGCUCCUGAAGUAAUACAAGAGAUUGGCUAUAACUGCGUGGCAGACAUCUGGUCCCUUGGUAUCACUUCAAUAGAAAUGGCUGAAGGAAAGCCUCCAUAUGCUGAUAUUCAUCCGAUGAGGGCUAUUUUUAUGAUUCCUACAAAUCCCCCUCCAACCUUCCGGAAGCCAGAGCUCUGGUCUGAUGAAUUCACAGAUUUUGUGAAGAAAUGCUUAGUGAAAAAUCCUGAACAAAGAGCUACAGCAACACAGCUGCUACAGCAUACAUUUAUUAAGAAUGCAAAGCCAGUUUCAAUUUUAAGGGACCUGAUCACUGAAGCAAUGGAGAUAAAGGCAAAGCGACAUGAGGAACAGCAGAGAGAACUAGAAGAGGAAGAAGAAAAUUCGCUCGAUCAGCUUUAUCGAAGGAAGACUAUAAGCCACCAUGUAUUUACUACUGCAAAAGUAUCUUCUAAUGGACAAGAAGAUGUCCAGGAUGAAGAUGAACUGGACUCUCACACCAUGGUGAAGACCAGUUCGGAGAGUGCUGGUACCAUGAGGGCCACAAGCACUAUGAGUGAAGGCGCUCAGACAAUGAUUGAACAUAACAGUACUAUGUUAGAAUCAGACUUGGGGACCAUGGUAAUAAAUAGUGAUGACGAUGAAGAGGAAGAUGGGACCAUGAAAAGAAAUGCUACUUCACCGCAAGUUCAAAGACCUUCUUUCAUGGACUACUUUGAUAAACAAGAUUCCAAGAAUAAAAGCCCUGAAAACUGCAAUCAGAACAUGCAUGAACCUUACCACAUAUCCAAAAAUGUUUUCCCUGAUAACUGGAAAGUCCCUCAAGAUGGAGACUUUGAUUUCUUAAAGAAUCUGAGUUUAGAAGAAUUACAGAUGCGAUUAAAGGCUUUGGACCCUAUGAUGGAACGAGAAAUUGAGGAGCUUCGUCAGAGGUACACAGCAAAGAGGCAACCUAUUCUGGAUGCGAUGGAUGCAAAGAAACGGAGGCAACAAAAUUUCUGAGUUUGUUCCACUUUCAGAGAUAAUACUAUGAGUCAGUGUGGACACUGGUAACUUUGUAAGUCUGCAGGAAUGCGAUUAUGAAAAUUAUCAAAAAACCAAUCUUUUGAAUUUUCCUUCACAAGCAAUGAGAAUUGGAGCAGUGAAAGAACAUCCACACGCUGUUCCGCAAAGGCAGCGAAACACAUUACCACUUCUUUAUAUUUUCAAACGUCUAAUGUAAUAGAAGUUCAACCUGUACUUCCCAAUCUUUUCCAGGUCUGUAGUGGUAACUUGGUGUUGUACAGUAGGAGUUGUGUGUUGGGAGCACCUGGAAUGAUUUCUUGAUUGUGCAACACUACAGAGCCUUAUGUUGCAAUAUGUUUUCCUCCCACUUAGUAGCAUAUUUAUUAUGUACUCUUUGGUUAUC